CAUCAGACUGAAAUUAAAAUAGAAAAAAACAAAUGCAAAUAAACGUUUGUGUUCGUGGACAUCCAAUAACAAAAACGUAUUAUUCCUUUAUUUACAGUGCCCAGGAAACCAAAUGGAAUGGAGGGAAAAGGCCAAUCUAUUUCAGAGCCGGUGGCAACUACCCAGCUGUUUGGGAGCUCUGGAUGGAAAACAUGUUACCCUCAGACCUCCAAUUGGCUCAGGUUCAACGUUUUACAAUUACAAGUCUACUUUCUCUAUUGUGUUGAUGGCUCUCGUUGAUGCAGAUUACAAAUGUAUGUGGGUUGAUGUUGGUUGCAAUGGACGAAUAAGCGAUGGUUGCAGCCUCCAGCAAGCGCUGGAUCGGCGUUCAUCCAUGUUCCCUGAUCCUGCACCAUGUCCUGGAGACGAACGACCACUGAGCUACUAUAUCGUAGCCGACGAUGCUUUCCCGCUGCAAGAAAAUCUGAUGAAACCGUACUCGCACAAGGAUAUGAUUCAUGAACAUCGCAUUUUUAACUACAGGCUCUCCAGAGCACGACGGGUUGUGGAGAAUGCUUUUGGCAUUAUGGCAAACCGCUUUCGAGUCUACUUCACAAAAAAUGCACUUCAACCUUCGAAGGUAACGAAGAUUGUCCUGGCAACGUGCACACUACACAACAUGCUACGAGAGGAGAUUGGAAUAACAACGAGAGUAGCUGAUGUUGAGGACUUUAACACACACAGAGUCAGUGAUGGUUCCUGGCGAAAUGAUCCUGUCUUGGCACAGGCCAAACUUCCUUCGGGGACCAACAACACAACCCGUGCUAAGGCUCAACGGGAAUACCUGGUCCAGUACGUCAACUCUCCAGCAGGCUCCGUGUCCUGGCAGGAAUCUAUGAUCUGAUACUAGUUACAGUUAUUAUUGACAUGUUUUCCAAUUCAGUCUGACGUUUUGUUUUUAAAGUGUAUUGAAUAUUAAUGGUAGUAUGUUUAUAGCACAUAAUUAUGUACCAGAUGCAUUUCUUUUCUGUGUGCUUAUCUCACAUUAAGAAUGCUAAUAAAUACACAGUUUACAAAGUAUAAUAGUGUUCAUUAUGAUAUAUACCUCAUUGUCACAUGAUGUUGAAACACUUU